CUGAAGCCAUGGAGAGAUUUUUUCUCUAGAGAACUUCGAUUCAUGAAGAAUAUUGAUUAUGUUUGAUGAUUUCGUCUCCGGAUCUGUUAAAUAUCAUCAAAUUUGUGAAGAUCUAUACUUUAGUUAAUCUUGGAAUUCAUUUAAUUGUUUCUAUUCAACUGACGGGGAGGCAGCUGAGUUGAAACCUUACUUCUAUUGAGAUAUGGAUAAAGCUGAGGGUUCUAAAAGGAGAGGGGGUGCACAUAUAUUCACAACUAUUGAUGGCCUUGAUUUAUCGGCUUGAGUAUCGAAGAGGUAGGGAAGGAAGGGUAUUCUGGAGCGUCCCUUAAACAGGUCUCUUGGAAACGAAUUAUAGAAGCUUUGAACACUGAAUUCAAGGGAACUUUACCGUAUGAUUUAGAUCAGAAAGCUUUAAAAAACCAUUGGGACUCUCUGAAGAAGAAAUAUGCAGUUUGGAGGACCAUUGUUGGAUUAAGUGGUCAUGGUUACAACGACUCAACCGGGAGAUUAGACUGGCUUGAAUAGAAAUGGGUAGAAGCAAUUAAGCAUUAUAGGUGAUGGUGCGGAAAAUUUUGCUGGUGUCUUUGGUUACCCAGAUAGAGUGAUUAGUAAAGUACAAUAACUAGAUCGUCGUUAAAGGAAAAAAUGAAAGCAUUUCAGCUGAUGCUAUUGAACAUGAUGUUGCUAGUGAUACUCUUAAAGCGCAGGCAACAAAGACUACAGAGAAGAGUUCGGCAAAUGUUAUGUACCUCAUCUCUUACAGAAAGAUUAUACAUGAGAGAACUAUUAGAGGGAUCCCCAUCAGUAGUCUACUCUCUUGUAAGAAUGGAUACCAAUGCCUUUGUGCACUUGUGUGACCAUUUUCGAGAGAUGGGGUAUCUUUACGACAGCAAGCAUCUCGAUGUUGAAGGAAAAAUGAUGAUUUUCUUACAGAUUAUAAGUCAAUCAAUGGGAAACAGACUUGUCCGUCAUCGAUUCCAGCACUCGGCAGACACAAUUAGUAAGUACUUCCAUGAAGUAUUGUUAGCGGUUCUUGAAUUUUCCAAGGAAAUUUUGGUGGUGCCAUCAUGGGAAGCACCUGUACCUGUAGAACAGAUUCGAAACUACAGUAAACUUAGGAAAGGUCCGUUUAAAGGUGUUGUUGGCGCAUUAGAUGAUACUUUAAUUCAUGCAGUUGUUCCGCUAGACAGGCAAACUCUUUUCCGAGGAAGAGGCGGGGGUGAGUGUUAUCAAAAUGUGUUGGCAAUAUGUGAUUUCGACAUGAAAUUUAUCUAUGUAGUUAGCGGAUGGGAAGGUGUUGCACAUGAUUCAAGGAUACUGAGUGAAUCUGUCCGUAAUCCAGCCUUCAAUUUUCCAAUGCCACCGCCAGACAAGUAUUAUUUGUGCGAUGCAGCAUAUACGCAUACGAAGGGUUUUAUGACACCUUACCGGAACACAAGAUACUUGUUAUGAUAUUUUCAACGUGGUGUCCGCCCUCGAACGAAGAAGGAAAAAUUCAAUCAGGCACACUCUCAACUUAGGAAUGUGAUUGAAAGAGCUUUCGGUGUUUUGAAGGCAAGAUUUCCCAUUUUGGACAAAAUGCGCAGGUUCAGUUUUAUAACCCAAAAGUAUUUAGUUGUUGCAACCAUGGCUAUACAUAAUUUCCUUAGACGCAUUAGGUUAAAUGAUGAAUUAUUUCGGCGGUUUGAAGAUGUCGGGUUGGAAGUGAACAACCACAUUGAAAUGAAUAGUGAAAGUGCAACAUCAGCUAUGCAACAUGUAUUUAGACCACAAGACCAGAAUUUUAUGCAUCAAUUACGUGAUCAGGUUCCAAAUGAAUUAGAUCUACUUGUUGGGGUAUAAAAUGCUAUUGUGGUUGUGUUCAAGUUAUGGACUAGUGGUGGUACGAGACCUUUACUGGUACUGGUGAGUAGAGGAAGUGCAGGUGAGGAUGAAGUGGGGGGUUUGGUUUGGUCUAUUAUUAUUUUGUAUUGUUGAGGACUUUUUUGAAUUUUUGAAAAUGUUGAUUUAAAAUGAAUCUUGGAAUUUUUGAAUUGCACAA